GUGGCGCCGCGCGGAGCCUCCCCGACUUCCCCGAGUCAGUCGAGUCCCACCCUGAGGAAUAUGGAGGUGGCCGGAGGCGCCGAGACUGAGAUCCGGCCUCUGAAGCCGUGUCUGCUGCGCCGCAACCACAGCCGCGAGCAGCAUGGCGUGGCGGCCUCCUGCCUGGAGGAGCUGAGGAACAAGGCCUGUGACAUUCUGGCCAUUGAUAAGUCCCUGGCACCAAUCACCCUGGUCCUGGCAGAGGAUGGCACCAUAGUGGAUGAUGAUGAUUACUUCCUGUGUCUGCCUUCCAAUACUAAGUUUGUUGCAUUGGCCAGUAAUGAAAAGUGGACGUACAACAAUUCAGAUGGAGGUACAGCUUGGAUUUCCCAAGAGUCCCUUGAUGUAGAUGAAACGGACACUGGGGCAGGGCUGAGGUGGAGGAAUGUGGCCAGGCAGCUGAAAGAAGACGUGUCCAGCAUCAUCCUCCUGUCCGAGGCAGACCUCCAGGUGCUCAUUGAUGCUCCGUGUUCAGACCUGGCUCAGGAACUCCGCCAGAGCUGCGUCACCGUCCAGGGGCUCCAGAACACCCUCCAGCAGGUCCUGGACCAGAGGGAGGAAGCCCGUCAGUCCAAGCAGCUCUUGGAGCUUUACCUCCAGGCUUUAGAGAAGGAGGGUGGCAUCUUGUCAAAGCAGCAAGAGUCCCAAACUGUUGGUGACCAGACGGAUGCAGUCGACACGGGUGGUAACAGAGAGAGCUCCUCCACAAUCGCACUCACAAGCCAGAUCCUUACUGUGCUGAAGGAGAAGCCUGCUCCAGAGCUGAGUCUGUCCAGUCAGGAUUUGGAGAGGGACUUUCGUGUCGGUGUUGGAGGGUAAGGAAAGGCCGUGGCCAUGGAGCGUGAAAGGAUUCUGGCGUUUCAGCACAAAGACCUCAGAUACGCCGGCGCUGCCCGAGCUCAGUCCCCUAAAGAAAAUCCCGGGAGCGAGAGAGCAGCAGGCGAGGGGAGCCGGGAGCGCUUCUCAGUGGUUCUCAUUCUUGCCGCAGCUGGUUGCCAAGGAAGACCCCGGAGCUUUGGCUGCCGCUUUGAGCUGGGACGCGGAGAAGACGGUGACGGUGCAGCAGGCCUGUAAUCAGGAGCUCAGCUUGCGCCUCCAGCAGGUGCAGAGCCUGCGUUCUCUCCGGAACCUGUCGGCCAGGAAGAGUUCGCUGCCUGGAGAACGGCAGGAGCCUAAGCGAGCCAGACAAGACCCCACAUAGCUGCAGCCGGAAACCCCGUGGCCUUGUUCUCAUUCUCAGUAAAUACCUUCAGCCUGAUUACUGUAGCUGCUGCCUUAAUACUGUACCCCCUGCCUGAUAGCACCUUCUGGAACAGCCCGGAAGACCAGCCUCCUGCGGUCCCUUCCAGAAAAGUGCUGUCACAUCUCAGCUCCCGCCCUUGCAUUUUUUGAAUGACAAAGCUGCACCCACAAUACCCCACCUCUUACUAAUGACCUGUUCUCAUGGUCUCUGUUUGAAAGUAACGGUCAAGGGCAGUGAAAAGAAGCUGUUGUAUUUCAGACUCACUAUCCUUUUUCAGAAGCUAGAACUGCAGAAUUUUCAACACAGAUAAUGGUCAGGAAGGUGACGUACCAGAGUUGAUUUAUGGCCACAAACUCGUUUCUCAAGUGAAUGAAUUUUUUGGUUUGUGUAAAGGCGCAUAUUAAGUCUGCAGACCAUAGGGACAUAUGGAGAGUCUAAUUCGCCAUUUCUAAUUGUGAAAUUAUAUUUGUUACCACUGUGAAACUGUUUCCAGUUUUCUAAUAUGUUUUAUCAGCAGGGGGUAUGAAAGGUCAUUAAACCGAUCUCCAUGUGA